AUGGAUGCCUUCAUUAGCCGACAGGCCGUAGAGGCGGCACGAGACAACUUUACAGUCGCCACGGGCGAUUUUGAGCACUUUCUACGAUGCUGGUCACAGCAAGACUGUGGCCGCUGCAUCAACACGGCUGAAUGCUCAUGGUGUCCCUACUCGUGGGCGUGCGUUCCCAAUAAGCAGCAGCCAGCCCUGUUCGCACCUCUCUACCACGAGGACAUUUGCCCCGCGCGCGCCGAGCGAUGGGAACUGCGCUCGAAGCCGUUUGGGUGCAGCGUCUCGACGUACACGGUACUCAGCACCGCCGUCGCCGUCAACGCGACGCUGUUGGCGGUUCUGCUGCUCUGGCUGUUCGCGCUUGCGCUGCGACGAGUAAGGAGGAAGAGCAGGACUAGGGCGGCGCUCGCCAGGCAGCGGUACGUGGGGACGUUGUGGGCGACGGUGCCAGACGAGUCGCAGCGCGGUGGUGGCGAGACACAGCCGUUGCUAGUAGGCCGAUGA